UAAUAAAAUGCUGAUCUCACACAGUUCCUGGGCUUGCCGCUCUCUCGCUCUCUCCCCGUUUGCCCUGCCUGCUAGGUUCACACCACUCAGGGUGGGGGAGAAAAAAGGCAGAGGCCGACACAGCCUGCCUGGGAGCUUCAUCCUCCUCAUUCUACAUCACAGGAGAGAACCACCUUUGCAUAAACUGCAGCAACCAUGACGACUUCAUAUCAGAAAGAGCUGGAGAAAUAUCGAGACAUUGAUGAAGACAAGAUCUUGAAUGAACUAUCUGCGGAGGAGCUGGCUCAACUUGACGUAGAGCUUCAGGAAAUGGACCCUGAAAACGUGAUGCUCCCGGCGGGUCUCCGGCAACGAGACCAGACAAAGAAGAGCCCGACGGGUCCAUUGGAUCGGGAUGCCCUCAUGCAGCACCUGGAGAAGCAGGCAAUGGAAGCGAAGGAGCGGGAAGACCUGGUGCCCUUCACAGGAGAGAAAAAAGGAAAACCCUUUAUUCCAAAGAACCCCAAGAGGGAAAUCCCCAAAGAAGAGCAGAUCACACUGGAACCUGAACUGGAAGAAGCUUUAGCAAAUGCCACCGAUGCAGAGAUGUGCGACAUUGCAGCUAUCCUGGGCAUGUAUACCCUCAUGAGCAACAAGCAGUAUUAUGAUGCCAUCUGCAGCGGCAACAUCACAAACACGGAAGGCAUAAACAGCGUAGUGCAGCCUGAUAAGUACAAGCCUGUCCCAGAUGAGCCUCCAAACCCCACAAAUGUGGAGGAGACCUUGACGAAAAUCCAGAGCAACGACAAGGAACUUGAGGAAGUGAACCUUAAUAACAUUAAGGACAUUCCCGUUCAGACGCUGAUAGAAAUCUGCGACUCCAUGAAAAGAAACACUGUCAUCAAGAAGCUCAGCCUGGUGGCAACCCGGAGUAAUGACCCAGUGGCACAUGCUGUGGCCGAGAUGCUGAAGGAGAACCAGACCCUUCAGAGCCUCAACAUUGAAUCUAACUUCAUCACCAGCGCUGGGAUGAUGGAAGUCAUUAAAGCCAUGAAGCAGAACUCCACGUUGACUGAACUCAAGGUGGACAACCAGCGCCAGCGACUGGGCGAUUCGGUGGAGAUGGAGAUGGCCGCCAUGUUGGAAAAUUGCCCUUCCAUUAUCCGCUUUGGUUAUCACUUCACGCAGCAAGGACCAAGGGCCAGAGCCUCCAUCGCGAUAACCAAGAACAACGAAUUACGCCGCAAGCAGAAGAAAACAUAAUGGCCCACCCCCUGCGACUGAAUCCAGAGUGCCCUUAAGCUUCCUCACGUGCCUCUAAACAGCCUUUUAAGCUCUGCCUGCCUCCCAGAGACAGAGUUUUGCCAACAGCAAGGAUUUUUAUUUUAUUUCAAGAAGAGAAUUUCUCGGAGAGAUUUGCCCUGCUGUUCCCCCUUCACCUUGGCGACCGACAACCCCACCCCCACCCCAAUUCCUUGCAAUCUCAGGUUCUUUCUUCCUCCGAAUCCAGGCUCCCCGUCUUUUGAUUACCUCUGUAAAUAAGAGAGAUUUCGGAGAGACGCCCGCCCUGCCCCCAAAGAACUGGCUUUGUUCUCCGCUAAGGACCAAAGGCAGUUGUAAUCUUCCUAUCUUUCCUAAACAAGCUACUAUUAUUAAAUGAUUCGGCACCAUCUCGCUGAUCAAAACCUGAA